CCGGUUGUAGCAAAAUAUCAUGGGCUGGUCCGAGAUACUGCAACUCUUACCAGUCCUCAACAUGCAGGACCUGAAGCGCCGGCCGUCCACCAAUCGCUUGUGAUACCGAGGAUUCUUGGCUCCACUGCCGCUGCUACGAUCGCUCCCAGUAUCCAAGAGGAACUAUAUCCCUGGCCAACUAGUCAGUAUUCUUGCAAAUAUUCAAGUUCAGUGCACAAGAGAGAAACUCCCAAAAGGACAGUGUCAGCACGGACAGGAUAUGCAAGGCCAGACUUGUCUGGAGAGCUGCCAGACGAUCAUGUUGAGCCGGCAGUGGUACCCUUUGCAAGAUGGCAAGCAGACUCAGUGGAAUCCAGCGACGAGAGUAUGAACCAUGUAACCAGUAAACCGCCGAAAUGGUACCAACAAUGCGGCGGAUUAUCGCCGACAACCAGAGACCAGGAACAGGAGGAACAGUUGAUAGCAUCUUCAAACGAGCGUAGAGAAGCCUAUUGCAAGCUCCUGCAGCACCAUCUUUUCCCACAACUUUUGCGUUUAUAUCAGGUUAGCUCUAUCUUUCCACCGACAAGUUAG